AGGACAUGAGGAAGGACCCCCCAAUGUUCUUCAAAUAUUAUCGGAUGUUGCCAGACAAGUUCGAUUUCCUGCACCAGCUUGUCAAAAAUGACCUCGUCAAGCAGUUCUUGUGCCGAGAACCACUUUGCCCAGAAGAGAGACUGGCCAUUACCAUCAGGUACCUCUCUUCAGGAAUGGCCAUUAAGCAAGUCGCCAUAGUUUUUCGUGUGGCACCUGCCACUUGUAGGUUGGUCAUUCAUGACACUUGCCGAGCAUUGUGGAAGCGACUAAAGCCACUUUAUCUGCCUGUGCCAGGACUUGCGCGCUGGCAGGAAGUGGCAGAAGGCUUUGCAAAACGAUGGAAUUUUCCAAACUGCCUUGGAGCCGUCGAUGGCAAACACAUACAAAUAAAGGCACCUCCAAACUCUGGUAGCAACUACUACAACUACAAGGGAACAUUCUCCAUUGUGUUGAUGGCAGUGGCAGAUGACAGUUACAAAUUUGUCAUGAUAGAUGUUGGGGCUCCAGGCCGACACAGUGAUGGGGGCGUGUUUAAAGCAACAGCAUUUAGCAAGGACCUUGCGAACAAUUGCCUAAGCUUGCCAGCCCCAGCACGUCUCCCAAAUAGUAGCAAGGUGGCACCUCACGUAUUUGUGGGGGAUGAAGCCUUUCAGUUGAGGCAAGAUUUUAUGCGGCCCUAUCCUGGAAAAGGAAUCCAGCCAAGCCGAAAAGUAUUCAACUAUAGGCUAAGCAGAGCAAGGCGCAUUGUCGAAAAUGCCUUUGGUAUUCUGGUGGCACGAUGGAGAGUCCUUCUUGGCCCCCUCAACCUCCUGCCAGAGAAUGCAACCCAUGUUGUGCUGGCCUGCUGCGGGCUGCAUAACUUUUUGUGCUCAAUGAGCAAAUCUACGUAUUCCCCGCCUGGUUACGUAGACAGUGAAGACCGGUAUGGGAACGUCAACCCAGGCCAGUGGAGGGAAGAGGCUCAGACAAGCGAGCUGUGUGGCUUGGCUGGAACAUCGUCAAGAAACCACACGGUGGAUGCUGCCGAGACGCGCGACCUCUUUGCGGACUACUUUAUGGCGGAAGGUGCUGUGCCAUGGCAGUGGGCACACACUUACCUUCCUACCCCAUCUAGUAACAGCUGAAAGCUGCGUGAAUGAGUUCUUUAGUAUCCACAACCUAAGAACCCACAACCUUCACGAAAUGCGAAGCAUUUGCGAAGGUUGUGGCUGCUUCACUUCACGAAAUGUGACUGCUUCACGAAAUGCGAAGCAGUAAGCAUGAACCUAUGAUGCAAGUCGCAUGCAAUUUUUGUUUUGAAUACAAGAGUGUUA